AUGCGAACCGACAUCGAUGCCAGUUUCACACCAGCCCAGAUCCCCGAGGAAGACAAGGCCCCGACAGCUGAGGUGGACCCUGUAGUUCGUGCUGCCCUGCCUCGUGGAUCAACCGUCAAGAUAGUCACAACUCAUGGAGCUAGUUUCUGGGCAAUAGCAAAGAAGGUGGAGGUAGCCCUACCAGACGGAAGCGACAAAAGCUACUUCUUGAAAAUCUAUUCCUCCGAUGUGGGAAAGCGGAUGGCUGAGGCUGAAUUUGAAGGCACAGCUGCUGUUCACGCAGCCUUGCCGAGAAACACAUCCGGCGCAAUAGGCUGGGGCACAUACGAGUCCGACCCUAACAAGCAUUUCUUGCUCUUAGACUUCCACGACAUCGAAGAUGAAAUGCCUCACACCUCCGAGCUUGUUUCGGUAAUCGCGAAACUGCAUCAAGAAACCUUGUCCCCCAAUGGGAAAUUCGGAUUCCAUGUAGGAAUAUAUGGUGGUUGUCAGCCCAUCGACACCUCAUGGACCGACACCUGGGAAGAGUUCUUCACGAGGACCUUUCAAAAUUCUUUGAAAGGAGAAGAGGCCAUUCAGGGGCACGAUUAUGAGAUGACUGAGCUUGGCGAAGCAAUGAUCAAUAAGGUGAUACCGCGGUUACUGAGACCGAUGGAAUCAGGAGGCCGAAAAUUGAAGCCUUGUCUUCUGCACGGCGACCUCUGGCACGGUAACGUAGGCAUUGAUCUUGCCACCGACGAGCCAAUGCUCUAUGACUUCUCCUCCCUGCAGACUCCUCGAAAGCUAAUCACCGGCCUGACGGUAGUUGAAAUGCAUCCAUGGCGCGCGACAAGAUACAGAAUAAAUCGCACGCACCAGAAGGCUUACCGGCGCCUAGUCGAACCCUCAGCACCCGAAGAGGAUCAUGAUGAUCGCAAUGCCCUGUAUGGCGUAUUCAACGACCUCACCGUCUCCAGUAAUUGGUCAGCGAACAAGCAAACUCGAGAGUUGUAA